AGUCUGCCUCCAAACCUUCACUCAACAAGUCGAGCUUGUCGUGGCGAGUUUAGAGUGUUGACUUAUUUCAAUUCAUUGCAAAAUGGAAUCCGAUCCUGAAGUUGACGCGAUUUGUAAAAGUUGCGAAAAAUUUGCUGCCGAUCUUUACAAGAACACAAUAAAAGAAGGCAACACAAUCAUUUCACCACUGGCCUCUUAUUUGCUGCUAUCGAUGACCGUCAAUGGUGCCGAUGACGAUACCGAAUCGCAAAUAAGAAAAGCGCUUCAUUUGCCAAAAGAUGAGCCGCAGAGCUCGCAAGGCUUUCGAAGUCUUAUAGAUUCCUUAAAUAGUGUUGCAGAUUUCGAGUUAUCGGUUUUGAGUAAAAUCGUUAUUUCUAAAACAUUUAAUAUCAAUCCGGAAUUUCAGUCUAUUUUAGAAAAUUCUUUCCGGAAUAAACCCGAGUUGCUCGAUUUUUCCAAUAAAUCAGAAGUAGUAGAAACCGUCAACACUUGGUGCGAAGAAAAUACAAAGAAUAACAUCAGACAAAUUGUUUCGUAUAACGAUAUAAAUAAAUUGUCAACGAUGUUACUGCUCAAUGCUGUAUAUUUUAACGGAAAGUGGCAAUUCAAAUUUUCACCUAAAAAUACGUAUUUAAAUGAUUUCUAUGUCAGCGAAAAUGAUAAAACAAGGAUUUCAAUGAUGACACAAAGACGUGACUUAGUUUAUGGCGAAUUGGACUUCAUUGAUGCAAAGUUUGCUGAACUUCCUUACCGAUCUUCCACGGGUAAUUUGAAAAUGGUGGUGAUUGUUCCUAACAAAAUUGACGGUUUGGCUGAAAUCGAAAAUAAUCUCGAGCGCGUCAAUUACGAGAGUUUGUCCGAAUUCGCUAAGGAAGACGUCGAAAUCAAGUUGCCUGUAAUUGAUUUUGAAAGUACAAUUGACUUCAAAGCAUGCUUGAAACAGAUGGGAAUAGUAGACAUGUUUGAAGAACAGAGAGCGCAGUUCAGAAAACUUCAAUCUGGAGAAUUGUGGCCAAUUUGGGUUGACAAAAUCAUGCAAAAAACUUUUAUCAAAGUUAAUGAAGAUGGGACAGAGGCUGCAGCUAUAACAUUCGGGGCAUUUCUUAAAAAGUGCCGUUAUAGACGCCCGCCUCCACCGCCUAAGAAACUAUUGUACGCAGAUCGGCCUUUUCUCUCGAUUAUUAUGUACGAAAAAGUGCCACUUUUCUACUGUAGAUUUACCGGCUAACUAUUUGGCGUUUGUGUAGUUAUUGUACUUGUUAUAAUUUUUGAAUAAAGUAAAUCCAAGAUUCUACGA